AUGUCGGAUAUAAAGGUAGAAAAAGAAGAAGAUAUACCCGCCAAUGAUAAUGAUUCGAUGAUUUUAGAACUGCAAGAGGACAAGAAUGUUGAGGUGGAUGGUGAACACGAACAUGAACAUGAAGAAAAGUCAACCUCUAAGAAUACAAAUGAUGACACCAAUGCCAAUACUAAUACCAACAGUAAGAAGAAGAAAGAUAAUAACAUGUUCGUUUGUAAAUGGGUUGACUGUAAGAAGAGAAACUAUCCUACGCUUACAUCGCUAGUUACGCAUCUAAGUACCACCCAUUUGGCACACAUAGCACAUUUGAGUCCAAAUACACCUGUUCGAUAUACUUGUCAUUGGGAAGGUUGCUCGCGGUAUGCAAUGGAACAACCCUCUAGAUUUGCGUUGAUAUCCCACUGUCGUACACACACGGGUGAAAAGCCGUAUUUCUGUCCAAUUCCAGAAUGUGAAAAGCAUUUCACUCGUUCAGAUGCGUUGGCAAAACAUGUAAAAGGGGUGCACGAUUUGCAUCUGGCUCGAGAUGCAUUAGCAUUGAUUAAGGAAAGAAUUAGAAAAGAAAAGAUGGCACCAAUAACCCCCGAUAACGAUGAAUUUGACGAAUAUGAAUACUUGUCGAUUAUAGACCAAGACUACGACUUAAGAAACCCAUGGUGGUUUAGCAAGAACUUCGUUAAUACCCUUGCGAAUAAGGACAAUAGUAUUAACGCUAUUUAUGACCAACCAUUCAAUACACAACAAUAUAAAUUGGCUAAUGACAGGUACCAUGCGUAUUUAGAGAAUAACGAGGAUGAGAUCAUGCCAUCUAUUGAGGAAAAUGAGUCUUUGGAUCACAUGUCGCAAUACAACGAUGAACUCCAAAGGGUUGCUAAGGCGAUAAGUUCAAGCUAUGCUGAGCCAGAGAAUGAUAGCACUACAGAUAUCGAAAGUACUGAAGACCUCGAAGAGUUGAAAAAAAUCCACAAUAUCCUUAAGAAGGAGCUUGCAACUGCAACAAAAAUCAAUAAAAUAGUGAGUAAACAAUUGUCUACGUCAGUUAAAGAAAAAAGAAGAUUAUGGUUAAUGAACCAAAUUCUACUUGAUGGGAAUGUAGUUAUUGGGUUACCAGACAAGGCUGAAGAAGAAAUUAAUGAUGAAAAUACGAAAAAGGUUUCAUUAGACAAAUAUGACGAAGAAAUGUUAUCUGAAUCAGCUAAAAUGUUACAAUAG